AUGUCUUUCAAGUCUCUCCUCAGCUUGGCUGCUGCGCUUGCCGCCGUGCAGGCAUCUCCAGUCACCACAGUGUCAACUUCCUCGUCUGCUUUCACUAGUCAGUGCACCGGCGCUGGACUGAGCCAGGAUCAAUGCAACCAGCUCAAUGCUGUUGCAAGCCUGAACGGCGUUUCUGGUGGUAACGUUGCAGUGACCGCCGUCAACAACGGCCAGCCCUUCCUCAACGUGUGCCUGAACUUCGGUGUUUCGACCAGCAACUGCGCUGCCUUGCUCAACGAUGCCAUCAUGAACGGGAACAACAUCGACAUCGACCUGCCAACAUUGCAGAAUCUCAUGUCGUCCAUGGGCGUGUCGAGCAUAGUCACAAAUCUUGUCGGCAACCUGGCCUGCACGACGGGCAAUGGGCUCAUCCAGCUUCCCCCCAACUUCCUGCCAUCCACCCUGCUGCCGUCUGUCUUGCCUUCGAUUGCCACAACGAACAUCCUGGCCUCGCUCCUUCCUACCUCGAUUCCUGCAGUCACGCUACCAACUUUGGGUGUGUCAACGCUUCCAACGAUCUCAGUCGGCUUGUCAACGCCAGCUCUGUCCGUUGGCCUGCCAACCAGCGCCAUCACCGCUUUGCCGACUUCGCUGAUCCCUGGCUCUAUUCUUUCAUCGGUACUCAGCUCUCUUCCACUGGGUGGCGGCAACCCGACAGUCUUGCCUACCAGCGUCCUGCCAAGCAAUAUCGUUUCAAGCAUCUUGUCCGGUCUGCCAACUUCGGUCUUGACCAGCCUGCUGCCAACAUCGGUGGCUGGUGGUCUACCCACGGCAAUUCCAACAAGCGUCUUGCCCACAUCUUUGUUGUCGAGCAUCAUCGCCUCCAACCCAGCACUUGGAUUGUCAACAGCACUCCCGACUAGUGUCAUCCCCUCGAACAUCCUCUCGAGUAUCAUCUCUGCUAUUCCAACCUCUGUUGCUCUCCCGACGGUCAUCCCAACUAGUGCCCUGCCUACGGCCGUGUUGUCGAGCAUCAUCGCCUCCAACCCAGCACUUGGAUUGUCAACAGCACUCCCGACUACUCUUCCAACUGGAGCCGGUCUCUCCGUUGGCGCCUCAGUAGCGCCGACAUCAGUUGGCGUAUCGCUCGGUGCAUCGAACGUUCUCCCAACCUCCCUCCUGCCGUUGCCUACAUCGGUGGGCGUCUCCGUAGGCCUCGGAUUACCCACGGUCCUGCCUACCUCGCUCAUACCCACGGCUCCUCUGUCGUCUAUCAUUGCGAACAACCCGACCCUCAUCGGCUCGACAGCCAUACCCACAUCGCUCGUGCCCACUUCUUUGUUGAGCUCGGUUCUCAGCGCCAAUCCGACCCUUCUGCCGACCACUGUAGGCCUUCCUACCGCUUUGCCCACCGCAGUGAUCCCCUCGCAGGUACUGUCCUCCAUUAUCGCUAGCAACCCUGCGCUCGGCCUCUCCACAGCUAUUCCCACCUCAGCACUUCCAACGGCGGUCAUCAGCUCCGUGCUCUCCGCAUUUCCAACUCUGAUCCCGACGACUGCGCCUGGCGUGUCCCUCGGCGUCUCUGUUGGCCUGCCAACCGUUUUGCCAACGAAUCUCCUGCCAACAUCUGUGCUCUCUUCUCUUGUCUCUGUCGAUCCAGGCCUUGGAGCAUCGACCGCUCUGCCUACAUCAUUGAUUCCGACCUCAGUGAUUAGCUCAGUGCUCUCGGCCAACCCAACGCUCGUCUCAACCAGCCCUAUCCUCUCGGUUGGCGCCUCUCUUGGCCUUCCAUCGCUACUCCCUACCAACGUCCUCCCUACAAGCAUAGUGGCCUCGAUCGUCAUCGGGAACCCUUCGUUGGUCCAAUCGACGGCGCUUCCAACAAGCUUGAUCCCUACGUCGGUGAUCAGCUCAGUCCUCUCGGCCAACCCUACCUUGGUACAGACCACAGCUCCGGCCCUUUCCGUUGGUCUCUCCCUUGGCCUCCCAUCCCUACUCCCUACCAACGUCCUCCCCACAAGCAUAGUGGCCUCGAUCGUCGUAGGGAAUCCUUCGCUAGCCCAAUCGACGGCGCUUCCAACAAGUUUGAUCCCUACUUCGGUGAUUAGCUCAGUACUCUCGGCCAACCCUACCCUGGUUCAGACCACAGCCCCCGCGCUUUCCGUCGGUCUGUCCCUGGGCUUGCCGUCCCUAUUACCUACCAACAUCCUCCCGAGCAGUGUUGUAGCCUCUAUUGUGGUGGGGAAUCCUUCCCUAGCCCAGUCGACGGCGCUUCCAACAAGUUUGAUCCCUACGUCCCUGCUUAGCUCGGUGCUUUCGGCCAAUCCCACUCUGGUACCAAAGACUACAGCCCCUGGCCUUUCCAUCGGUCUCUCGCUAGGCCUACCAUCUCUUCUACCUACCAACGUGCUCCCUACCAGCGUUGUCGCAUCGGUGAUCGUCGCAAAUCCUUCACUUAUCCUCUCAACGGCACUUCCAACGAGCCUGUUGCCAACUUCCUUAAUCAGCUCGGUGCUUUCGGCCAACCCUACUCUCCUUCCCACGGUGUUGCCGACCUCUAUCGUCCCGACCUCCAUCUUAUCUAGCCUGCUCUCUGGCGUCCCGAGCUCAGCACUGCCCACCAACAUCCCGGUGUCUGCUCUCCCCACAUCAGUCGUAUCCGCGAUCCUCUCGGCCCUGCCUACAUCGAACGUUGGGGCACUUCCCACAUCUGUUGGCGUGACAGCGAUUCCAACUUCUCUGGUCCCGAGCUCCAUCCUUUCGAGCGUGCUUUCGGGUGUGCCAUCAUUCGCACUCCCAACGGCGAUUCCCACGAGCGUGCUUCCCUCGAGCGUGGUAUCUUCCAUUCUCUCCGGCCUGACUACCUCCGUGGCCGCGCCAACGGCCGUCACACUUGUUCCAACUUCUCUGGUUCCUUCAGGGAUUUUGUCUUCCGUACUCUCAGGCAUACCUUCAUCGGCACUUCCGACCGUCAUCCCAGCAACGCUUCUGCCAUCUUCGAUCAUUUCAUCGAUCAUCAGCAACAAGUUGCCAACAGCGACCUUGCCAACAGUCGUCGCGACCUCUCUUGUGCCGACAUCUAUUCUCUCUAGUAUUCUCUCUGGUGUCCCAACCAACGCUCUACCCACGGUCGUGGCUACGUCUGCGCUUCCAAGUCAGGUACUUUCGUCAGUGCUCUCGGCUCUGCCAACUCUCCCGACCACGGCCCCAGGCGUUUGCUCGGCUCCGAUCGUUUCGAUUGUCACUUCUGUCGUGACUAAGGUCGUUACUGCUGUGCCCACCACUCUGGCCACAAUCGCCCUUCCUACGAUCACUCUAUAA